UUGCGCUCGCGGGGAUCAUGAACGAGGUUGCGAAAGAAGUGUCUCCAAGUCUCCGGAAGGGAUUUCCAUUCCACUUGGUGGUGAUCGGCGUUGGAUUUGGAUUGAUCAAGAUGCCCGGACCCUCGUAUCCUUUCUGGGGACGGAUAAUUCUUCCACACUUUGCGAAUGGCGGGCUGUGGCAGACUUGCUAUCUCAUCUGGCGUGGGCUGAGAUGAUCUUCGGAGUGUUUUACUACUCUCGAGAUAUUUGAGGAGGGCAUAUCCGGCAGGGAUCCUUGGAAUAUCCACUUGGUGCUUCUUUCAAAGUUAGUAGUUCUUCCACUUCCGCCCUAGGAGAGAUUUUUGGCCGCGCCUGCCACUAGCUAUGCAGGGCACUCGAGUGCCUCUCCAUUGCUCUCCAUUCCUUCCGCUCCCUCCGCCACCGCUUCUGCCACCUCCGCUGCCGCUUUCUCCAUUCCAAUCCACUCUCGCGAGCAGCUGCUCGUUUCAGUCUCUUCCUCUCGCCUUGUCCCCGCCGAGAAGUGGUGCUCUGGAGAGCUGUGCUGCUGCGUUCUGGAGCCCGAGCUUGGUGAGAAAGCAGAGGAGGAGGAGAUUGUCGAAGCUGGAUGCCGUUGCCAAUGCUGUGGAGGAGCGGGAGCGGGAGCGGGACACUGGUACCAUUGGGCCUCGCCGAAUUGCUCUCUUCGUGGAGCCGUCUCCGUUUGCCUAUGUCUCUGGAUAUAAAAAUCGCUUCCAGAAUUUCAUUCGCUAUUUGAGAGAGAUGGGGGACGAGGUGCUGAUUAUCACGACACACGAAGGUGUUCCCACCGAGUUUCAUGGAGCCAAAGUUAUCGGUUCCUGGAGCUUUCCUUGCCCGUUCUACAAACUCGUUCCCCUGUCGCUUGCUCUCAGUCCACGCAUCAUCUCUGAGGUUGCGCAUUUCAAGCCCGAUAUAAUUCAUGCGUCCUCUCCAGGAAUAAUGGUUUUCGGCGCUCUAGCGAUUGCAAAGCUGCUCCACAUUCCUAUUGUGUUGUCCUACCACACUCAUGUCCCUUUGUAUAUACCGAAGUACACAUUCAGCUGGCUCGUCAAACCAAUGUGGCUGAUCAUCAAAUUCUUGCAUCGAGCUGCAGACCUUACGCUGGUAACUUCCAGUGUUCUUGGAAAAGAGCUCAAAGCAGCUGGCGCAGCAACAGCCAACAAGAUUCGUGUUUGGCGCAAAGGUGUCGACUCGGAUAGAUUCCAUCCUCGAUAUAAAAGUGACGCUAUGAGAAACCGGCUCACCGGCGGGGAACCUGAGCGUCGCCUAGCGAUUUAUGUGGGAAGACUGGGAGUCGAGAAGAACCUGGAGUUCUUGUACAAAGUGAUGCAGAGACUACCCGACGCAAGGAUUGCGUUUGUAGGUGAUGGACCGUCCAGGAAGGACUUGGAGGAAUUGUUCGCGGAUUUGCCAGUGGUUUUCACUGGAAUGCUUCAAGGAGAAGAGCUCUCACAAGCCUACGCCAGUGCGGACGUGUUCGUGAUGCCAUCCGAGUCGGAAACGCUGGGCUUCGUGGUCCUCGAGGCAAUGGCCUCCGGAGUUCCCGUGGUUGCGGCUCGGGCGGGGGGCAUUCCCGACAUUAUCUGCGAGGGUGGCGAGACCGGAUUCCUGUAUGCUCCUGGCGAUUUGGACGAGUGCGUGAACAGGGUGCGAAGUUUGUUUGAUUGCGAGGAGCUGCGGCAGAGGAUUGGAGACGCCGGGCGGAAAGAAGUGGAGAAGUUCGACUGGAGAGCGAGCACGAGACAAGUGCGGAACGAGGAGUACGGGGCUGCGAUCUGGUUUUGGAGAAAGAGGAGGCAGCAGUUUUUGAGAAGAUUAGCGUGGGUCAUGAGGAAGCUACACUUGAAACAACGCUGGCCUGGUGGAAAUGUUGGAAGUGCAACUUGAUUGGACAAUAUUCUUUACCUUCGGUUUAAGAAACUUAGAAGAGACAAUGUUCAAGACAGCCUUGGCUUACUUCGA